AUGAAAGAAGGAGAAUAUGUAUAUAAAUGGAAUAGUAAUAAUAUAUUUCAAAAAAAGACGUUAAAAUUUAUUUACUUAGAUGUAAACAAUUAUUGUAUACGAUGGAAUUCUAAGAAGAAAAAGUUAAAAGAAAAUAAAAACCCAUCUUUAUACAUAUGGGAUAUAAUAGAAAUAUUAGACGGGUCGGAAUCAUCCUUUUUUAAAAAAAAAGAAGAAGAAAAAAAUUUGUCCAUCGAAAUUAUAAGUAUACACAGAAAUUUAAGAAUCACAUUUCUGGAUAUACAAAGAUGGAAGAUGUGGCUUUUUGGUUUGAUGUAUUAUCAAUACAAGUUAGUUAACAAAGGGUCAGGUAAAAAAAAAAUGAAACCAUUUAUAUAUGAAAGUAAGAAAUUAUAUGAUAAUUAUAUCAUAUCAGGGUUAAAAGACAUUAACGCUUUGACAUUAUCUCAGUUAUAUAUUAUUUUGAGAAGUCUGAAUAUAUAUCUAAAUAUGAAAAUAUUAUAUCAUUACUUUUCUAUUUAUAAGAAUAAAGGAACUGUAAACUAUUUAGGAUUUACCAAAAUUUUAGAACAUAUUUUUUCAAAUAAUCAUAUUACCAUACAUUUUAAUAUGUAUAAGGAUAAAAAUUGCAGUUAUAUAGGUAACAGAAAUUUUAUUGAAUUCUUGAUUGAUGUUCAAUGUGAAGGGAAAUGUGAGGAGCGAAUAUUCAGUGCUCAUGAAAUGACUCACAGAUUGUUUAUUAACGAAGGAUUGGCAUCACUACAGAUCUGUAGAAAAGAAGUUCAUAUAUUAAAAUCCCCUGGUAAGACCUUAAAUAAGUCAUUUACAUCAGGUAAUGUAGGAACAUGUGUGGAUGAGGUAUAUGACGAAAAAGUGUCUAAUAGCCAAAUGGAUUAUAUGAAAAGAGGUAAUGAAAAUGUAAAAAAUGUGGAAGUUAACUCUGAAUGUAAUACUCAUCAGAUGAAGGGAAAAAACAAAAGAGACAGAAAAAUUGAACACACAAGAAAUUCUAUAGAUACAUAUGAAAAAGGAGCAGACAUUACACCAGUUAAUUCGAGGAGGCAUAAUUUUGAUAAUUAUGAAUGGGAAGGCACCUUUAUGAAGAAUAUGGAUAAGGAUAAUGUAAGUGAAAAUGACAUUCAUUUCAAUAUGAACAAUUUACAUAAUGCUUUUCUCUUGUCAGACAAUUUUAUGUACAAUGAUGAAGAUUAUAUCACCAUCUUGAACAUAUUAAGAAGUAAAUUAAGUUUUAAUAACACGCAGACAGAGAAAAAUAAUGUUUGUACAUGUGUUAGAAGUGAUGGGCCUUAUUACAACGAUGAUUUUAGUGAGAAUUAUGGAAGUAAAAAUGUCAACUGCAAGUAUCACGAUAACAGUAAUACACAUAUUAAUGAGAACAUGGAUAGAGGGGAUAGCUGCAGAAGGCAUUUUCAUAACAAAGUAGACAAGAAUAACCAUGAAGAUGAAAAGAAUAUAGAAAGCAUGGGGAAUAAGAGAGAAGAAGAUGAUAAUGAUGAUGAUGAAAAAAAAAGGAAUAUCUCAUGGAAAGAUGGAAAUAUGGAAAAUAAGUCAUAUUAUAUAAGAGCGAUAGUUAUAUACAAAUUACUAAACACAAUAAAAAAGUAUAAUAUCCCGUUUGUAAUAAUUAAUGAGGACAAACAUUAUUUAACACAAAUAGGAUUGGUGUAUUUUUUAUUAUCAAAAGAUAAUAGUGUCAUGUGCCCUGAAUAUUCCAAGGUAUAUCAAAAUAUGAACCUACCCCUUUGUAAUUACUGGAUUAAUAGUAGUCAUAAUACUUACCUUGGGAGAAAACAAAUUUUUAGCUCAAGCAAUAUUGAACAAUAUAUUUACAUUUUAAUAGAUGGAUGUAGAUGUGUAGAGUUCGAUUGUUACUAUUUUAAUAAGAAUAUUGUGGUGUAUCAUGGUUUUUAUGGAUAUAAAUUAACUUCUUCUAUCCUUUUUUGUGACACUCUCAUUGCAUGCAAAAUGUUCGGAUUUACGACCUCCCCAUUCCCCAUUAUAUUAUCACUAGAAAUUCAUUGUAAAAAUAAGCACAAAAAUUUAAUUGCUAAAAUUUUAAUAUAUAUCUUAGGGAAUCAGUUGUAUAUACCCAAGAGCAGAGACGAAAUUAAUAAUAUUACACCAAACAAUUGCAUGAACAAAUUCUUAGUCAAAUAUAAACAUUUUGAUAAUAACGAAAACUCUGGAUUUUAUUUUAUUUUUGAGGGAUUGCAAAGUGUCAUGUAUGACGAGUUGGGGUAUAUAUCCGACAUAGUUGAAGAUGAUCCAUAUGAUGAAACGGAAGAACAGAAUCAUAAUAAUAAUGAAGGCUCUGGUUAUGAUAACUCUGGUUGUGAUGAUGAAGUCUCCAGUUAUGAUAACUUUGGUUAUGAUGAUGAUAAUCGUUUGGAGAUCUUGCAAGAUAUACAUCAUAAAGAUGUUGGCAGUGAUGUCAGCGGUAGUAAGGAUGAAGACGUUGAAAAACAAGAUGACAAUUACACAAUAAAAAGCAUCCAGAAGAAGGGGUACAUACAGGAAAGGAAAAAACGAAGCAUUUCCAUUAGUAGACUGUGUAAUGAUUCUGAUGUUGUUGAGAAAGAUCAACGAGGAGAAGAUCCUACUACCAAUACUCGUGAUAAUCCCCAAGUGGUAAAAAGCAGUAAAUUCUCAAAACAUAAAAAAGGAAAAAAGAAUAUCAGCAGUAGCGAAUAUAAUGACAUGCGUAAGAUUCGUCAGAAUGGUGUAAAUAAAGAAUAUAUGGAGGAAAAGGAUGAUUCUCUUCUUGUUGAUACACAAAAAAGAGAAAAGAAAAAUGAUAAGGAGGGAGAAAAAAAGACGGUGCAAAAAAAUCAUGUGGAAAAUCAAAGCUUAAAAAGUAAUAAUAUAUUAAAUGAAUAUUCUUGCUUAAAAGGAUAUCCAUUUCAGAAUUUUUGUGAAAAUAGAACUUACAACGAAAUAUGUUCAAUUAGUGAAAACAAAUUUAUCAAGUUGAUUAAAAAGAAUGAAGAGGAAAUAAUAAAGUACAACCAGAAAACAUUAACACGUGUAUAUCCAUCAGGCACAAGAUUAGCAUCUACAAACUUUAAUCCGCUUAUAUUCUGGAGCGCAGGAAUUCAAUUUGUGGCAUUAAAUUAUCAGUAUAAUGGCUUGAGUAUGCUAUUAAAUAAAGGAAGGUUUUUAGAGAAUGGAGGAAAGCAUUCAGGUUAUAUCUUAAAGCCUGAAUUGUUAAGGUUUAAUGAAAAAAAUGACUACAAUAUUUUACACCUCAAUCUGCAAAUAUUAUCUUUGCAUCAAAUUAACUUAUUAUUUUCAAUAAAAAAUAAGUAUCAAGAAAAAAAAUUAAAAAAAAAAUUAUUCAAAAUGGAUAUGAUUCAACGUAUUCAAACACAUAAGAAAAUUAACAAAAAGAUGAAAAAUUUUAAAGAAUUACAAAAAUUAGAAAAGGAAAAAAAAAAGUUCUUUUUUUCGGAUGUACAAUCAGAUGAUAAUAAAAAGAAAAAAUACAUAAGUCAUGAAUUUCUUAUGAAAAAAUUUAACGAUAAUGAUAAUGAUGUUAAUCAUAUUCAUAAUAAAUGUUUGAAUGUGGAAGAAAAAUAUGAAGACAUGUUAUCUGAAUAUAAGUCCUUCCUAUUAUGUUCUUCUUUAUCCCACAGUAGUAGUUUUAAUAGCUGCAGUAGUAAUGCAACUACAUCAAAUAAUACUACUACUGAUUCGAAUAAGAACAAUUCAUCUAAAUCAAAAAAUAAGAGUUUUUAUCAAACGUUUGAGGAAUUAAAAAAAGCAAAUAACUUAUUCUUCUAUUUGUACGUUACUAUAUCUAUACAUGGUUACAAUGAGCAAAAAUAUUAUUUUAAAACCGAGAUAGCCAAAGUCAAUUUUUAUGAUCUUAAUUAUUGUUGGCCAAAACCAUCCAAUUUUGAGAUGAAAAUAUUAUACCCCUCACUGGCCCUCAUUGUAUUUGAGCUAAAAACAUAUGAUACAGUAAAAAGCGAACUCAUUGCAUGUGCCUGCUUUCCUGUGAAAUGUCUAAGAGAAGGCAUCCGAUUUGUUCCUCUAUGCGACAAAUACUUGAAGGACAUCAAAGGGUCAGGCAUUUUGGUUAAUCUAAAAAUUGGUACCAACGGCAGCUGA